CCAGAGCAGUAUAGAAGAAAUAGAACCAUGCAGGAAGUUUAAAAUUCUUGAUGCUUCCAAGCAUAGACCAGUUACGAGGAGUAGAGGAGUACUAUACAAUAUUAAGAUGUAUAAAACGUGACUAUUUUCUAAAACCAGUAUGUACAUUUGGUUUACACUAACGUUUUUUGCUCUAAUUCCUUGUGUGCUAUCUAGUCAUUUUCGAGGAGGAUUACUAACAUGGAAUGCGGUAAAUGAAACCCAGAUUCUAGUCCGUCACCGUCUUACCUAUGUCUACUCCUACUGUUCCAAUCCACAAAACAAUACAUUGGAAUGUAUCAGUGGAUGUACAGGUAGUGUGGUAACGAAUGCAAAUUGCACGGAAAGCAAUUCAGCAGAAAACUGGGCGGAUUUUGAAGGAGAAACCAUAUUUGAUAUCAGACACGCAACAUCAUCACACCUCGGUUUGCGAUUUGCCUCUGGGAAUUUGGUAUCGUUAACACAGCCUACAUUUGCUCAUUCCUUGAUCCUUAAGAUGACUGUAGAUUUAAGUUUACGAAGUGAUACUGGAAGCACAAACCAGUCACCUGUUUCAUCAAUGGCUUCAUCUAUUAUACAUCCAUGUGAACUCAAUCAGUACAUUCACAUUCCAGCCUGUGCAUUCUAUUUCCAUUACGAUGUGAGUUAUGGAGAUUACACCGUGGCUUUACAGAUCGAGGAUUUCACAGACUCGUCCUCUAGUGUUCCAUUAAGCAGCGUUCCUUUACAGUUUAUGAUUAUUGUUAGCAGUAUUCCGUGUUCUGAAUCCUGUUCCUUUGUUUCACCCACACCUCUCGACGGAGAUACAUUACAUUCUCAAAACGGAUCGUUACAGUUUAUUGCAAGAGCUAAAUCACGUUCUUUAUAUGAAAUAGUGACAGAAUUCCAUGUUAUGUCACCUCUUACAUUUACAAUGUCAGCCAUCUCACAACCUGUGGUAGACGAGUAUCAGGUCACCAUGUCACUAGAGUCUGUUGCCAAUAAUGUCAUCGGAACCUAUGUAGUGUGCUUUUCAGCAGAGACGAAUAAAAGGUAA